GGCGCCUUUUUGUGCUUGCAACAAUCAAUUAUCCGCCUCUUGUGAAAUAAAGCAGUCAAGAUGUUGAAGAACAAGUCCAUGAAAACCUCAAAGUUAUAUGUUAUUAAGAGAGAUGGCAGGCAGGAGGAGGUACACUUCGAUAAAAUAACCUCAAGAAUCCAGAAGCUUUGCUACAACUUGAACAUGGAUUUUGUUGAUCCUGUUACUAUCACCCUGCAAGUCAUCAAUGGUCUGUACUGCGGCGUGACCACACAGGAACUGGACAACUUGGCUGCUGAAAUUGCAGCUGGUUUAACCUGCAAUCAUCCGGACUAUGCCAUCCUGGCUGCUCGCAUUGCAGUGUCCAAUUUGCACAAGGAAACCAAGAAGGCUUUUUCUGACGUCUUCGAGGAUCUGUAUAAUCAUGUGAACAAGGAGACGAAUCAAAAAGUGCCCUUGGUAUCUGAGUUCCACUACAAUGUGGUUAAGAAGAACGCCACACGGCUGAACUCGUCCAUAAUCUAUGAUCGUGACUUUGGCUAUAACUAUUUUGGCUUCAAGACCCUGGAGCGUUCCUAUCUGCUCAAGAGAAACGGAAAGAUCGCAGAGCGACCGCAGCAUAUGCUGAUGCGCGUUGCGAUCGGAAUCCAUGGAGAGGAUAUCGAUGCGGCCGUGGAAACCUAUAAUCUUCUGUCGGAGCGCUACUUUACGCAUGCAUCGCCCACACUGUUUGCUGCUGCCACAAACCGGCCGCAGUUGUCGUCGUGUUUCCUUCUGACCAUGACAGCCGACUCCAUCGAGGGCAUUUUCAAGUCUGUGGAACAAUGCGCCAUGAUCUCCAAGUCUGCCGGUGGCAUCGGACUCAAUGUGCAUUGCAUUCGUGCAAAGGGCACCUCGAUUUGCGGCACAAAUGGUACUUCCAAUGGGUUGGUUCCCAUGCUGAGGGUCUUCAAUAAUGUGGCACGUUAUGUGGAUCAGGGAGGCGGCAAGCGUCCCGGUGCGUUUGCCAUUUACCUGGAACCCUGGCACUCGGAUGUCUUUGAGUUCCUGGAACUGAAGAAGAACACGGGCAAAGAAGAGAAUCGCGCACGCGAUCUGUUUUACGCCCUGUGGAUACCCGAUCUCUUCAUGAAACGCGUGGAGGCCAAUGGUGAUUGGUCGCUCAUGUGCCCCCACAAGUGUCCAGGUCUCCACGAAGUGUGGGGCGAUGAAUUCGAAAAGCUGUACGAGAAAUACGAGCAAGAGGGUCGGGCCAACCGAACGGUUAAGGCUCAAUCCCUGUGGUUUGCCAUCAUUGAGGCGCAAGUGGAGACCGGAAAUCCGUACAUGCUCUUCAAGGACGCUUGCAACAGGAAGAGCAACCAGCAGAAUGUGGGCACCAUCAAGUGCAGCAACUUGUGCACGGAAAUCGUUGAAUAUUCCUCACCGGAUGAGAUUGCAGUCUGCAACUUGGCCUCCAUCGCCCUCAACAUGUUCGUCACGCCGGAGAAGACGUAUGAUUUCAAGAAGCUCAAGGAAGUCACAAAGAUAGUUACGAAAAAUCUAAACAAGAUAAUCGAUAUCAACUAUUAUCCCCUGCCAGAGGCAAGGAAGUCCAAUUUGAGGCACCGUCCCGUGGGCAUUGGUAUUCAGGGAUUCGCUGAUGCCUUGAUUCUCAUGCGUUUCCCGUACGAAAGCGAAGAAGCCGGUCUCUUGAAUCAGCAGAUAUUCGAAACGAUAUACUAUGGCGCCUUGGAAGCCAGCUGCGAACUGGCCCAGACCGAAGGUCCAUACGAAACCUACGAGGGCAGCCCGGUGAGCAAGGGAAUUUUGCAGUACGACAUGUGGGACAAGGUGCCAACGAACCUGUGGGACUGGCAGAAAUUGAAGGAGUCCAUUAAGAAGCACGGUGUCCGGAACUCCCUGCUCGUUGCUCCCAUGCCCACUGCAUCUACAGCUCAGAUAAUGGGCAACAAUGAAUCCUUCGAGCCGUACACCACGAACAUAUACACCCGGCGAGUUUUGUCCGGCGAAUUCCAGGUGGUCAACCAUCAUUUGCUGCGCGAUCUAACCGAGCUGGACUUGUGGGACGACGACAUGAAGAACCAGAUCAUAUCCAGCAGGGGAUCAAUUCAAAACAUUGAGACCAUCCCCCAGAAGGUGCGAGAUCUGUAUAAGACGGUGUGGGAAAUCUCAGUCAAGUCCACGAUUAAAAUGGCCGCCGAUCGUGGUGCGUUCAUAGAUCAGAGCCAGUCGUUCAACAUACAUGUGGCCGAGCCAAACUAUGGAAAGCUGACUUCCAUACACUUUUACUCCUGGAAAGCAGGUCUUAAAACCGGAAUGUACUAUCUGCGCACCAAGCCAGCUGCGAAUGCCAUUCAGUUCACCGUGAACAAGAAGCAGGGUGCAGUGAGCAUGAACGGCCAGAAUGGCACCGCCGAGGGAAGCCCCCAAAAGUACGAGGAUGAUAGGGAACGGAAAAUGGCCGAUAUGGUUUGUUCGCUCGAAAAUAAGGACGCCUGCAUGUCCUGCGGUUCUUAAAAGCAUUCACAUAGACUAAUAUAUAUUUAAUUGUAAUAUCAUUACGUUGAAAUAAACUUAAAUUAUGAAUCUUUAA